AUGGGUACAGCAGGAGUUGGAGUGAGGAUAGGGCGACACGCAGAGGAUGGAGCAAAUCAUGUUUCUGCUUACUUGGCUGUAGAAAAUAAAAGUAAACCGGAUGCUGGCUGGGAAUUGAAUGCGGUCGUCAGCAUCUUUCUGCUUAAUCACAAACUUGACAAAUAUGUGUUUAAGAAAGGUCAACGACGUUUUCAUCUUCUAAACCCUGAGUGGGGCUUUUCCAAAUUCAUCGUGACGGAAACUUUGACAAAUCCAAAAUUGGAAAAUGAAUGGAAUUCUGAAGAGUUCAAUGCUGGGGAUCAUAAAUGGAAGGUUAAUGUGUAUCCGAAAGGACAGGAAGCACAAAAGGGAAGUCAUGUUUCCAUUUUCUUGGAUAAACAAGAAUUUUCCUCAGGUGAAAAAGUUAAGGUUGAUUACUCCAUAUGCAUGAAGAACCAGUAUGGAAAUGGCGAUCGCAAGCGUCGCUGUGCGAUGAAGAACUGGUUUUCGGCUUCUGACAACUGUUGGGGAUGGUCUAGUUUCAUUCCAAUCGCUGAUAUGAAAGAACCAGGAUUUUUAGUUGGAGAUCAGUGCAUUAUUGAAGUUAAAAUUUCUAUUCGAGCUGUCUUACGUAGUUUACCGUAA